AUGCUGGUGUUUAAAGCUGGUAAAGGUCCGGCGACGGUUCCGCCGGUAUUUCUGGAUGGCUCGCCGGUGCGGGUUGUGGAGACUUUCAAAUACUUGGGACAUAUCCUCACUGAUAGUCUCAAUGAUGACGCGGACUUGGAGAGAGAGCGCCGGGCGCUUGCGGUCAGGUGUAAUAUGCUCGCGCGCAGUGCAUCGGGCAUGUUCGCUGGCGCGCGAGUGCCUGACUUCUACUCCAUUCUAAGAGCUAGAACUGCCUCCUUCUGGGACCGGCUCCGUAACAGCCAGAACGGUAUCCUGAUGACUAUCAGUGAAGACUUCGCAAACCCUUUUGCGAAACAUUGGACGUCCCUACAUCGGCCUGGGAAAACAUAA